GUAUAUCUGUCAGAUUUUGGCGCGGCAUUAUUGCCAAAUGCUCAUAGAUAUUAUUGUAAAAGUGGCGUUGAACGCGAAAAAAUAAUAAUAAUCCUUUAAUGAUAUAAUUUUAAAUAAAAAUUUUGUUAAAUUGUGUUAAAAAUCAGCAAAAUUAUGAUAAUUUCUCGGAGUGAUAGUGAAUACAUACAAAUAUUUUCAUAAAAAGGCAGCAUAACAAAAAGAAGAAGAAAAAACUUUCUCAUACAACAGACACGCUUUACUCAAUAUAUAAAAACCAACAAAAAUCAACUUGUUCAGCCAUGGAAACUCUUGGCGGUGGAACAGAAAAUUUUAGUCGAUCCACCAGACGUAUUAGAAACGACAACAGCAAUAGAAGUAUUACAACAAAACUAAAUGAUUCUAAAGAUCAGGAAAAUGUAAAUAAUACCAGUGCAGUUCAAAAUGAUGCGGACUCUUCGAUAAAAGAUGAAGUCACAAAAAGCAAUACUUCAAUAGAUGCUAAAGUACAUGCCACUACAGCAAACAUAAAUUCAUCAACGCCUAGAAGGAAAAAAGACCCAUUAGCUAAUCUUCACUCAAAUCUAAGUCCCAAGUAUAUUGGUUUUACAACAACACCCAAUCAAUUGAACAACAGUAAAGAGGAAAGAACCCGAAGUCUGAGAAGACGCCACAACAACAGCAGCCACAACGCUGAUUCUCCAAUUGAUAAAGAGGCCGAUGUGACAUUUGGUACAUUUACACCAAAUAACGACUCAACAGUUGGCUUUGUACGACGCACACCUAGAAAUAAAGAUUCUCACCAUACGCCUGAUAGUAGUACUACAAAAAGAAAAGAAUUUGUUAGUCCCAUUGAUAAAUUGUUAAUAAAAAAUGGUGCCGUAAUGGAAAACAAUAACAAUUUACCUUUAGACGACCAUGAUGAUGUGAAUAAGAAAGACAAAUCCAUUGAUAGUGAGAAAGAUGAGUUGGAGUUAGGUGUUAAAGGGCUUGAUAACUGUGAUGAGUCAACAGAAUCCGAAAAGGGUUGUGAUGAAAAUGUUUCUAUAUCUAGUGGUAACAGCAAAAAAACAAUUGAAGAUAAUGAAGAAAAUGAAAAUGAGGACAUUGUUUCUGUAUCUAGUAUUAUUGCUAUAGCAAAUGAGUUAGAUGGAGAUGAAGUUCUAGAAGAAGAAGCAGAGGAAGUUGAAGAAGAAGAAGAGAAUAAUGAAAAUAUCGAGCAAAAUGAGUCGGACAUAAGCGAACAUCAAUUAAAUAAAAAUGAAGAGCAAGACCAGCUCGAGGAAGCAGAAGUAGAAUCACAUGUAGAUCAAAAUGUCGAAAAUCUAAUAACUGAUGAGAGUUCGGAUGAUGAAGAUGAAACUAACACGAAUACACAGGAAUCUAAUACUUCCUUGGCAAAAGAUGAAACAGAAAUAGAAUCAACUGCAAAAGAAGCGGAAAAUAAAGAGAACAUGCAAACAGAAGCAGAUAUAGAUAAACCUAGCUUGGAGGAAAACAUAGAAGAUAAAAUGGAAACCACAAAGUCCCAAUUACCCACUAACGAAUCUGUUAUAGAAUCUCUCGAAACGGACGAACAAAACGAAAAGCUUCAGGUUAAAAUUGAAUUGGAAUCUGUGGAAACUGAGAGUACCAACGAAUUUGCGGUGGAUGCCUCGGCCUCAGCAAAUUCUCCCUCAGCUGUUAGUAUGGACAGUGCUAAGGGAUCGUCCAUAAUUAAUGAAGGCUCCUGGAUGUCAUUUUCUACGGGCGAUUUGUUUUGGGGUCAAAUAUACAACUAUUGCUAUUGGCCUUGUAUGGUCUGUCCAGAUCCCGAUGGCAAAACUAUUACCACUGAAGAAGUUGGUCGUACUGGCGAUCAAACUGUUCUAGUACAUGUUCGUUUCUUUGCCGACAAUGGUCGACGCAAUUGGGUUAAACGGGAAAAUCUCAUGCCCUAUAUUGGCAUAGAAAACUAUCAGGAACGUAUUGAUGAGGUUCGACAAAAGUAUGGCUCUAAAAGUGCAAAAUAUAGAUUGUAUGUACCGAUAAAGCGAAAAGAAUCCGUUUGGUAUGAGGCUGUAAAUGAGGCCAAUAUUGUGAAUGAGGUGGCAUAUGCUGAUCGAUUGGAGAAAUUUUAUGAAAUUUUUGAGAAAUCAAAAGCCUUUCAUAAACUUGAAAAACAGCGUCGGAAAUCUAUGUACAUAUCGGUAAAUAGUGCACCUAACUCCGACAUAGAGAGCUUUUAUGGUUCAAAUGAUAAUAUCAAUAGUUUACCGGUGCCAGCAGUGGUAAAGCAGAAACGUGAACGUUCUGUAUCGCCAUAUAGUCCGGCCUAUUCACCCAUUAAGCCAGUGGCAACGAAACGACGAAAAUUGAGUGCGGAACAAGAAUUGGCCGCAACAACAUCUCAUGAAGCUAAAACUGAAGAGAAUGCUACCCGCACAACAGACCUCAAUUUAAGUCAAACUAAUUCGGUCGCGUCCACCAGCUCUAAUUCGAAUUUCCUAAAAGAUUUGGAAAUUUUCAAUGGUCUUGAAUUUAGGAAAUUUUAUGCAGUUAUGAAAGAUUUCGUUAUGGAACAAAAUCAGAAUGAGAAAUUGGAAAAGAGUCUAGUAGUGGCAGUACGUAAUAUUUGGGCACUUAAGCAAUUAAGCCGCCGCCAAAUGGAGCGUAAACUACGAGUAUCAUUAACGGAAACAGAUAUGUCGUCUACAUUAGCGAUAACUAAUGCUGGUGGUCCAACAGCUGGCGAGGGCUCUGUUAAGCGUUUGUCUUCACGUUUGAAAACCUUAAUGGUAAGAAAAUCUUUAAUGGCCCAUCAAACCCCCGAGGUAACGCCCGAAAGAUCUAUGACACCAAAGCCCUUAACAAAAGAUACACCAACUGUUAAAAAGCCAUUAAAUCGACCUAUGCUAGAGGUCAUCGAUGAUAUUUUCGAAUUGGAUAGAAAAUAUCUUUUCAAAGGCAUGAACCGUGAUCCGGUAUGCAAAUAUUGCUUUACACCAGGUGGAAAUCUAAGAAGAUGUGCUAAAAAUUGUAGUUAUUGGCUGCAUAAUGAGUGUCUAUAUAAAGAUUUCAGUCUAGGUGGCAAAGGACGACGUGGCCAAAAAACGCUUAAUGGCGCAAAAGCCAUCAACGAUACUUUAAAUGGCAGUCACAGCUCUUCUAUUACCAGUCUGACCGAAGUAGGUACCGUAGCUCAUGUGACUGGAGACUCGGAAGUACCUGUAGCCGAGGUCAUUUGCAAAGAGUGCAGGAAUAAUGAGCCCACAAAAUGCAUGGUUUGCCAAUGCACCGAAUCGAAAAAGGACGAAGAUCCUUUGGUCAAGUGUAGUAUGGCCCAAUGCGAUCGGGCUUUUCAUCCGGCUUGCUGUAAAUAUUGGCCUCAAGCCAAGAUUACAAUAUCGAAAAAUCACAUAGAAUCCUUCCGUUGUCCGUCGCACGUCUGUCACACCUGUGUCUCCGAUGAUCCCAAGGGAAAGUUCCAGCAUUUGAGUAAUGCCAAACUAACAAAAUGUGUUAAAUGUCCUGCGACGUUUCACACCGACUCGACUUGCAUACCAGCCGGCUCUCAGAUACUUACAGCUGCCCACAUCAUUUGCCCGCGUCAUACGAGCCAAAAGCACGACAUGACAGUCAAUGUUAAUUGGUGUUUCAUAUGUGUUGGUGGUGGUCAAGUGAUGUGCUGCGAAACUUGUCCUACUGCGGUUCAUACUCAGUGUCUGAAAAUACCCAUUGAUGCCAAUGAGGGCUACAUAUGCGAGGAGUGUGAAUCGGGACGUAUGCCACUGUAUGGUGAAAUGGUGUGGGCAAAGUUUAACAGCUUCCGCUGGUGGCCUGCUAUUAUAUUGCCUCCCACAGAAAUACCGAAAAACAUAGCCCGCAAGACACACAAUCCGUCAGAUUUUGUGGUGAGAUUUUUUGGUACACACGAUCAUGGUUGGAUUUCAAGGCGCCGGGUGUAUUUGUAUCUGGAAGGUGAUAGUUCGGAACCGCCCAGAUCAAAGUCAAGUUUGGAUGUAAGCUACAAUAAAGGCGUCGAGGAGGCCAAAGAAGUCUAUGAGAUUAUCAAAGCAAAAAAAAUGGAACAACGUAAUUCAAAUGAGAACAAAGAGAAAUUACAUCCCCAACCUUAUGUACGCAUUAAGGCCAAUCGUGCGGUGCCACCCGUUAGGCUGCACGUCGACAUUGAAAGUGUUAGCAAGUGCGAGUGUGAUCCUCGUGAGGAGAAUCCCUGUGGACCCGAUACAAAUUGCUUAAAUCGUGUCCUAUAUCACGAGUGCAAUCCCAAGCUUUGUCCAGCUGGAGAACGUUGUGAAAAUCAAAUGUUCGAAUCACGUAUAUCACCGCGUUUAGAUGUCGUGUAUAUGAAAGAAAGAGGCUUCGGCUUGGUAUCUCGUGAACCCAUAAAAGCGGGCACCUUUAUUAUUGAGUACGUGGGCGAGGUAAUAAAUGACGAUGAGUUUCAGGCACGUAUGCAACAAAAAUCACGUGAUCGAGAUGAAAAUUUCUAUUUUCUUUCGGUGGAAAAGGACUAUAUAAUCGAUGCAGGUCCCAAGGGUAACUUGGCGAGAUUUAUGAAUCAUUCAUGUGAUCCCAAUUGUGAAACCCAAAAGUGGUCGGUUAACUCCCUGAAUCGUGUGGGUCUAUUUGCAAUUAAAGACAUACCAGAGAAUACUGAAUUAACUUUCAAUUAUCACUGGGAUGAUUUGUUGGGCAAUGAAAAGAAGACCUGUUUCUGUGGAGCCAAAAAGUGUGCAGGACAAAUUGGAGCCAAGAUUAAGGAUAUUGAAACGGUUAAACAACCCACUGCCGUAAAUGGAACUAAAAAUAAAUCAAAAACAAAAAACAAAUCUGUUAAAAGGCUGCUUAAUGGAGGACACAAAAAUAAACUGGGAACAAAGCUAAAAUUAAAUGUAAAAUCGAAAAUUAAGACCAAAAAAAUGGCAGCAGCAGCUACAGUUUCCGCACUACUUGAAGCUAAGGCCAAUACAACAACCACUACAAGUAGCGUAGAAAUAAAAGAAGAAUUUGAAGCAAAUGAGGAGGCCUCCACCAGCCGACUCCUGGAAUCACCUGAUGUAUUUUGUUAACAAGCAUUUAAAAUUCACCUUUUGUAAACUGUAAAUGAUGAUAAAUAUUUUUAUUUGUAUACAAAUGUAUUUUUAUAUUCAUAUAAUUUCAUUAUUUAAUUUAAAUUUCUCUGAAAAAAAAACUGCACGCAUAUUUACUUUAUUUUUUAUUUACCUUUCGAAAUUUUGUUUAAAAAAAAUAUAUAUAAUUAAUUAUACUUAAACUUUUAUUUAAGCACAGAUUAUUAUUAUUAUUAUAACCAUAUUUUGUUAAUUUCUAUAUACUCCUGUUACAGCCAACAGUUUAUUUGUAUGUUUUUUGUUUUCAAUAUAAAAAGAUUUAGCUGUAGAAAAUGGUUUAGAUUAACAAGCACCACACAUCAUUUUAACUUUAUCUAGUUGAAAUAAGAGAAUUUAUAUGUUUAUUAUUUAUAUUAUAUAUAUUCAAACUUACUAUAUGACAUAGUUAUAGAGAUGAUUGCAGGAUAUACAAGUAUUUGAUGGUCGUUUGAUUAUUCCAAAAAAAAAUAUUUAAAAAUAAAACAAUUAAGUGUGGCUCAUUCUCUAUCCCUUUCUCCCUCUUUAUGUCUAUCACUGUCCUCUAUAUUCAUUUUUCAUUUUUGUUUUAGUAAGUCUACAGAUGUCAAUAUAAAAAAAAACAAAUAUAUUUUUGCAAAAUACAAAUUAAAA